AUGGCCAUCAUGUUGGUACGACAUCCCACAACUCGGCGGCACAAACCAUCGCAUGCUGACAGCACCCAAACAGACACAUCGUUCCUGUCGAGCUUGCGAAACGUGAGAAAACUCGGCCUCAACUUCGAUCUGGAUACAACAGCUGCUCUCCUCGAGAUCGCGCGCGGCCUCGUGCAGGGAAACAGCCCCCACCUCGUUGAUCUCACACUCACCGUUCCCCUCACCGCCCUCACCCGUGCAACAGAGGCGGACCUCAUCGAGCUCGCCGACCUCACCUCCCGCAGGCCUUUCUCCACUGUGAAGAAUGCGAGCAUUCGCCUGGCCUGGAAGAAAAGCAAUGUAGGGGCACGUGGAGCGCUAGCAUUGGAAGUCUUGUCCAGGAUGUGGCCCCUCAUCAGUCAAGAUGCACAAGUAGAUGUGACUCUACUCAACGAGUUUUUUAAGGAAACCUGGAAGUGGAGCCGUAAAGAAAAGGACGCAAAGACCGGAGAGAAGUGGAACGCUGAAGUCGAGACGGGAACAUCAUUCUGGCAAGGAGAAGGAAGUCGUGCGAGGGGAGGCGGCGUUGUGGGGAGUGUGAACGCGAAGAGAGGCGGACCGGGCGAAGUGGACGAGGAUGGGGGAAUGGACGCGGGGAAGACAAAGAUCGCGCACACGGGCGCUGGCGAGACGACGAAGAAUACGAGGGCGACGGUCAGGAGGAGGUCGUGGGCGUAG